CGCUCCAAUGGGGAGUGAGCUGGGGGGCGGAGCCGGGGCAUGUUGCAAUGUAUCCAACGUGGGCCCGGCCCGGGCGCGCGGCGGCGGCGUUUGCGGCGGGGGGGCGGGGCUGCGGUGACCUGGGAGAGUUGGGAGAGCGAUUGUUUGGGCGCGCGGGGCUGGCGCAGCGGGACAAGAGCUGAGCGGUGCUAAGGUCGGAGCGGUGCAGAACCGUGCAGGAGCGGGCAGAGCCGUGCACGCAGCGGAGCGGAGCCGAGCGGAGCGGUGCAGAGCCGUGCAGGAAGCCGAGCCGUGCACCGCGAGGCGAGCGGCAAGUCGUGAGCGCUGCAAAGUCGAGCUGUGCCCGGAGUGGAGCGGAACUGAGCUGAGCCGUGCAGAGCCCAGCCCGGGGCCAAGCUGCGCCGUGCACCGAGCGGAUCGGAGCGGAGUUGAGCCGUGCAGAGCGGAGCCAAGCCCGGCCCGGAGGUCUGCUGCUAAGAGAGGCGAGGGGUGCUUGCUCGACAGUCGAGCCGGAGCCGAGGGCUUGCGCGCGGAGCGAGACGAUGCCCGUAGCAGCUGGGCAACUGCGGGACUGAGCCACUUGUGCGGGGGCCCUGCCGGCCGCGGGAAGAGAACGAGGACCGGCGCUCGCUCGCCCGGUUUGCAGUAGCUCGUACGGGGGGCGACCCUGCCCGGAUGGGCGCGGACCUCCCCCUAACCUGGGCGGUGGGCUAGUUGAGCGGCGGGACCACUGAAACAGUCCCGGGAGGAAGAAGCAGCGGAGAAAAAGGAGGAGGAGGAGGAGGAGGGCGCGGAUCCCGCCCCCGCGUCCAGUCUCGCUCGCUUGUUCUCUCGGACUCCGGGCACUUCGGCCCGGCCACAAGACUUGCGUCCGGAGGCUAUGCUGGGCGUCUAACGCCGAGGGGCCGAGCCGCGGACCCGCCAGCCUUUCGCUCCAGACCUGUGCCUGCGCUCCCCCGAGAACCCCCCGAAGUUCCCACCGGCCGUCCCUACCCCGCCGGGCCGGACCGGACCGCGCCGAAGCCAAGAUGGCGGGGCGCAGUUGGGGAGGCCCCGGGGCCCCGCGGUGGCCGUUCCCCCGCCUGCUGCUGGCCCUCGGCUUGCGGCUGCUGUUGGCCGAGGCCGCCCCGGGUCCCGAAGCGCCCUGCGCCUCCAACUGCGUUUGCACCGGGGCCCUGCUGGAUUGCAGCGGACUGGGGCUGACCGCGCUGCCCGAGGAUCUCCCUUCGUGGACUGUCACACUAAACUUGAGCAACAACAAACUGACUGAGAUCGAUCCUGCUGCUUUUGAGAACUUGGUGAAUCUACAGGAAGUGCAUCUGAAUAACAAUGAGCUGACAAUCAUCCCUUCCCUGGGUGCUGCCUCCCCUCGAAUCUCUUCUCUCUAUCUGCAGCACAAUAAGAUCCGCAGUGUGGACGGGAGCCAGCUGAAAGCUUAUGUUUCCUUGCAAAUCCUGGACCUGAGUUCUAAUAACAUCACUGAAGUUCGCAGCACUUGUUUUCCUCAUGGACUGCACAUAAAGGAACUCCACCUGGGGAGCAACCGCAUCAGUACUCUGGAGCCGGGAGCAUUCGACAGCCUCUCACGGUCCCUGCUAACCCUCCGCCUGAGCAAAAACAGGAUCACCCAGCUUCCUGUCAAAGCGUUCAAGUUGCCCCGCCUAACCCAACUGGAGCUGAAUCGGAACCGGAUCCGUCUGAUCGAGGGGCUGACGUUCCAAGGGCUCGAUAACUUGGAUGUGUUGAAGCUGCAGCGCAAUAACAUUAGCAAGCUGACGGAUGGGGCUUUCUGGGGUCUGUCCAAGAUGCAAGUGUUGCAUCUGGAGUACAACAGCCUGACAGAAGUGAACAGCGGCUCGCUCUACGGCCUUACGGCCUUGCACCAGCUUCACCUGAGCAACAACUCGAUAUCUCGGAUUAAUCGCGAUGGCUGGAGCUUCUGUCAGAAGUUACAUGAACUGAUACUGUCCUUCAACAACCUCACCCGCCUUGAUGAGGAGAGCCUGGCGGACCUGAGCAGCUUACAGAUCCUGCGUCUGAGCCACAAUGCUAUCAGCCACAUUGCAGAAGGUGCCUUCAAGGGACUCAGAAACCUGCGGAUCUUGGAUCUGAACCAUAACGAGAUCUCGGGCACAAUAGAAGACACCAGCGGGGCCUUUACGGGACUAGACAGCCUGAACAAGCUGACUCUGUUUGGAAACAAGAUCAAAUCCGUGGCCAAGAGAGCGUUCUCGGGACUGGAGGGCCUGGAGCACCUGAACCUUGGAGAAAAUGCAAUAAGAUCCAUCCAGUUUGAUGCUUUUGCUAAGAUGAAGAACCUUAAAGAGCUCCACAUCAACAGUGACAGUUUCCUGUGCGACUGCCAGUUGAAGUGGGUGCCGCAGUGGUUAAUGGGGAGAGGCCUGCAAGCCAUGGUCGUGGCCACGUGUGCCCACCCCGAGUCCCUCAAGGGCCAGAGCAUUUUCUCCGUGCCGCCGGAGAGUUUUGUGUGCGAUGAUUUUCCAAAGCCCCAGAUCAUCACCCAGCCGGAGACGACCAUGGCGGUGGCGGGCAAGGACAUCCGCUUCACGUGCUCCGCCGCCAGCAGCAGCAGCUCGCCCAUGACUUUUGCCUGGAAGAAGGACAACGAGGUCCUCCCCAACGCCGACAUCGAGAACUUCGCCCACGUCCGGGCCCAGGUCGGGGAGCUCAUGGAGUACACGACCAUCCUGCACCUCCGCCAGGUCUCCUUCCGCCACGAGGGCCGCUACCAGUGCGUGAUCACCAACCACUUCGGCUCCACUUAUUCUCACAAGGCCCGGCUCACGGUGAACGUGCUCCCCUCGUUCACCAAGAUGCCCCACGACAUCGCCAUCCGCACGGGCACCACCGCCCGCCUGGAGUGCGCCGCCAAUGGCCACCCCAACCCCCAGAUCGCCUGGCAGAAGGACGGGGGCACCGACUUCCCCGCCGCCCGUGAGCGGCGCAUGCUCGUCAUGCCGGACGACGUGGUCUUCUUCAUCACCGACGUGAAGAUCGACGACAUGGGCGUUUACAGCUGCACGGCCCAGAAUUCCGCCGGCUCCAUCUCGGCCAACGCCACGCUCACAGUGUUAGAAACCCCGUCCUUAGUGAUCCCCUUAGAAGACCGUGUGGCAGCUGUCGGAGAAACGGUGGCUCUUCAGUGCAAGGCCGGUGGGAGCCCCCCGCCCCGGAUCACCUGGCUGAAGGGGGAUCAGCAAGUGAGCGUCUCGGACCGCCACCACUUCACUCCCGGAAACCAGCUGUUGAUAAUCCAGAGCGUGGUGCCAGAGGACGCCGACAGGUACACGUGCGAGAUGUCCAACGCCCUGGGCACGGAGCGGGCCCACAGCCAGCUGAGCGUCUUGCCCACGCCGGGCUGCAGGAAGGACGGCACCACCGUGGGCAUCUUCACCAUUGCCGUGGUGUGCAGCAUCGUGCUGACCUCGCUGGUCUGGGUCUGCAUCAUCUACCAGACCAGGAAGAAGAGCGAGGAAUACAGCGUCACCAACACAGAUGAAACCAUCGUUCCCCCUGACGUACCAAGUUACCUGUCUUCUCAGGGGACGCUCUCAGACAGACAAGAAGCAGCGGUCAGAACCGAGGGGGGCCAUCAGGCCAACGGACACCUAGAAAGUAACGGUGUCUGUCAGCGUGAUGCAGGACUGAAUCCAGAUGUUGACCUCCAUGGGCCUGCUUACAGGCAGCCAAAGCUAUGUAUAGGACAUAACAAAGAGGCGUGGAAAACAGCUGAUGGCGCGUUUAAUCCGGAUAAAACAGAGUACGGCACGCCGGUUGUAUGCAGUGACUUGGGGGAUAACGCCCCCAGUUAUUCCAAGAACAGAGACUCCUAUCCUCUGCAUACUACCCGGGGUAGCCAAGAACCCAGUAAGAGUGAAGAAGAACACCCCCUGUUGCAUGAGGCGGUCUCGCCCCAGAGCAACGGCGCUCUUGCUGGCUCGCACCCAGAGGGCAGUGGAAACUCUCUCUACCCCAGUAACCACGACAGAAUGCCGGGCUCUGGUGUCCAGAAGCCUCUUGACCACAAUGGAGGCUCUUUAAACGAUUUAGGAAAAUCUUCUGAGUCUGAGUCUGUAGUCUUAAACCCUUUGCCUUUGAGGACGAGAGGGGCGGCCCUCGCGGGAGUUUCCAGCGCCUCCUCCAGCUUCCCAGAACUCCCUGGCAAUGAAGCCCAAGCCAAGACUUCUCUUCCCAACGGACACCUGUCCAAGUCCUGUGACUCUAGUCGUGAGCCUGCAGCACCACAAGGAAACUUCCAUGUACAGAGAAAUGUGCCAUUACUUUUUGUACCAAAUAUCUAGGUUCUGGCUACCUCAACUCGGGAACCCUCAUCAGUCUUGCACAGGAAAAGAGAGACCCACAUCCCUGAAAUUGUACGGAAUUGUACUUUCCACGGGCAGUCGGGAGUUGGAAAGCAGACUUGUGUCUGAAGCACACAUGCAAAAGACUAUUAUGUACAAAAGGAAGACAAAGUAUUUGAUACAAGUGUACAUAAGAGUUUUCAUAUAUAUAAAUAUAUAUAUAUUAUAUAUUAUAUAUAUAAAUCUAUCUUUUCCAGAGGCUAUUUUAAUCUUUAGUGCAUGAUGGUUAAAGGAGUGAAAUCUUACAGUUUGGGCGAUACUGUUUUCCAUACCAGGUUGCUGUUCAAAUUUUUGAGGAAAAUGAUCCUGGUGCCUUAAUGCAUGAAUGAAAUGUGCAUCAAUGAAAACCACAUUUGUUUCAAAGUAUUGAUUGGAUCAUUGAGCGCCAACCUCCCUUAUCUUGUAUUGCACGUCAGAGGGUCAACGGAAAUGACAAGUCUUGAGUAAAUGAGCCAGUGGGGCCGGGAGCUGCCCCGGGACUCACCGCACAAGACCGAUUUCAUUCUGUUCAGAAAUGGCAUUUUUGGGGGUAGAGGCCAUUUUAUGACUGUCUUUAAAUGCUGUAGCCCAUCUUAAAAUCCACCUUAAACAUAAAUGGGUAAACGUGGCACGGGGUGUAAAAUAAUGAAGGGAAUCACUUUUCUGCUUACACACACUAAAAUCCCAAGUCCUUCAGUAAACUGGCCCUGCCCUUCAUUUUAAUCCCACGUGCCCCAAAUCUGCCACUGGCAAAUAGAUCCCCCUGAGUAAGUGGGCAGUUUGGUCUCCAAAUUCACUCUAAAUAAAACAAAUGUGGUGUAAUAGAUCAGUAUCUUAUAAUUUCGAUAUGAAUCCUUUUCUUUUUUUUUUUUUUUUAAUUUAUAUAAAAGCUGCUUCGAUUGGUGUUGGUACCUGUGGAUGAUUUUUCACUAUUUUUAGUUUUGCUAAUAUAAGAUCGGGCAGCUAGGUGGCACAGUGGAUAGAGUGCUGGGCCUGGAGUCAGGAAGAUUCAUCUUCCUGACUUCAGAUCUGGCCUCAGACACUUCCUAGCAGUGUGACCCUGGGCAAGUCACUUUACCCCUGUCUGCCUCAGUUUCCUCGUCUGUCAAAUGAGCUGGAGAAGGAAAUGGCAAACCACUCCAGUAUCUCUGCCAGGAAAACCCCCAAAAGCGGGGGGGGGGGUCACAAAGAGUUGGACACAACUGAAAGACUGAACAAUACAAACUGCAAAAUAUUGGCCCUGGUGAAAAACGUUUUUUUGUUUUUUUUUGUUUUUUGAGGGGGGUAGGGGGAGAUAGGAAUAGGAGGGAUAGGACUAGGGGGGAAAUAGGAAGGAAGGAGAAUUCAUUUCUCCUCAGGGUCUUAACAAAAAGAACUUAGUUGCUUCCUAGCGAGUGCACACCCACGUGUGUACACGGCCUCAGUUGGACCAACACCAGGCCGGGGUGUGGGCCGUAACCUUGCCAGCUGCCUGUCUACUGGCUUCUAGGUUCUCUUUGCACUUUUGAGACAGGUGGCUCCCUAUGUUGAGUGCCAACAUGUAAUAUGUCGAAUUUCAUCAAAACUCCACUAACAAUGAAAAACCCUGGAAUAAACGUUAGGUCAAAGCAGGGCAUCAAUGUUACGAAUAGAACACUUUUCAUUGUGCUUUUGAAUGCCUGAUCACAGUUGCAAAAUGUCAGCACAUGUGUCACAUUAAGAAUCUUUUCUUUUUUAUCUUCUGACAGUUAACUGUCUCAUGUUACUUCCACAAAAUAUGUGAAUUUGCUGCUUCUGAGAGGCAAUGUGAAAGAGGAAGUAUGGCUUUUGUGUACAAAGUUAUUUAUUUAUAGAAAAUUUGGUACAAUGUUGUACGUUGAAAAACAUGUAAAAUAUUGACGUGUCUAACAAAUGGCAUUGAAGUGUCUUUUAAUAAAGGUUCAUUUAUAAAUAUUAA